AACCUCGCUGGCUUUCAUCAAGGUUUCUGGAAAAGUCCCGCAGCUGCAGCCCCCAUGGCUACUACCUACAAAAUCCGGGUCGCCACAGGCCACUACCUGUGUGCGGGGACCAUGGAUUCCAUCUCCAUCACCUUGGUGGGAUCUCGAGGGGAGAGCCCCAAAUCCCAGCUGGAUAAUUGCGGCAAAGACUUUUCACCCGGAGAGGUGGGUGAAUAUGUGGUCCAAAGUGAGCAGGACUUGGGCCCCAUCCUGUUGGUCCGGCUCCACAAGGAGAAGUACAGCACCUUCCCCCAGACAAACUGGAACUGCAGCUACGUUGAAGUGGACGCCCCCCAGGGGGAGAUAUAUCGUUUCCCUUGCUACCAGUGGCUUCUGGGGUACCAGACCCUCGAGCUCAGAGAAGGGGCAGCCAAAACCGUUUGCAUGGACAAGGAGAACCAGAUGCUCUUACAACAUCGGAGAGAUGAGCUGCGGGCGAAGCAAGAGGCCUACAGAUAUAAAGAAUAUCAGCCAGGCUGGCCCCAUUGCCUAGAUGUUGACUGCGUUGACAAUUUGCAUCCGAAUGAUCAGUAUUCCUGCAGCCGAUACAGUGCCUUCCGGGUGCAAAUGGUGGCGUCAGAAGUUGAGUUGAAACUGAAAGGUUUGCUGGAUUGUAAGAAUUCUUGGCGGAAGCUGGAUGAUGUGAGAAGGGCUUUUUGGUUUUAUCGAUCCCCUGUUUCAGAAUACGUCAGCAUGCACUGGGAUGAAGAUGCUUUCUUUGGGUACCAGUAUCUCAACGGAGUGAAUCCUGUCGUCAUCCGGCGCUGCACCGAGAUCCCAGGCAAUUUCCCCGUCACACAUGAGAUGGUUGCCAAAUCCUUGGAGGAGCACACCACCCUGGAGGAGGAGCUGAAGAAGGGCACCAUCUUCCUCAUCGACUGCCAGAUUCUGGAAGGCGUUCCGGCCGCCAAGCUGAACGGUUCCCUGCAGCAUAUCUCUGCUCCUCUCUGCCUCCUGCACUCGACUCCCCUGGGGGAGAUGAUCCCCAUUGCCAUCCAGCUCACCCAGCAACCCGGACCAGAGAGCCCCAUCUUCUUGCCCACCGAUUCGGAGUGGGACUGGUGUCUGGCAAAGCUCUGGGUGCGAAACAGCAGUUUCCACAUCCACGAGGUGCUCACCCACCUGCUUCACACGCACCGUGGGGAAGUCUUCCUGCUGGCCACCCUGCGGCAACUGCCCAUGUGCCACCCCGGUGCACAACUGUUAAUCCCACACUUCAGAUAUACGCUCCAUAUCAACGUCCUCGGCAGGGGGAACCUCUUUGCUCCAGGUGGCCUCAUAGACCUGGCCAUGGCCACAGGCUUCCACGGUCUGUCACACCUGCUGGCUAAAGGUCUUUCGGCGCUGACAUAUUCCACCCUCUGCCUCCCUGACGACCUCCGGGAGAGGGGGCUUGAGUCGCUCCCUGGCUACUACUACAAGGAGGACGGCAUGAAGCUCUGGGAAGCCAUUGAGAGCUUCGUGAACAGCAUUGUCCAUCUCUACUAUAAAAGUGACGGUUCUGUCAAGGAGGACCCUGAGCUCCAGGCCUGGGUGGCUGAGAUUUUUGACAAGUGCCUUUUCCAGCAAGAGUCCUCUGGCUUCCCUGAGCAUCUAGAAACCAUGGCCCAGCUCACCAAAUACCUCACCAUGGUAAUAUUCACCUGCUCCAUCCGCCAUGCCAGCGUCAACAAUGGCCAGUUUGACUUUGGUGCCUGGAUGCCCAAUUACCCCUCCUCCAUGAGGAAGCCACCCCCAAAAAUCAAGGGCGGGGCGACUUUCGAGAGCGUCCUGGAGACUUUGCCGGAUGUCAGCACGACCUGUAACACUUUGCUACUCCUUUGGCUGCUUAGCAAGGAACCGGAGGAUAAGAGACCGCUGGGGUGCUACCCUGAUGAACAUUUCACAGAAGAGGAGCCAAAGGAGGUCAUUGCAGCUUUCCAGAACCGCCUGGCCCAGAUCUCCAUGGAAAUUGAGGAGCGGAACCGGAGGCUGCCUCUGCCAUACCACUACCUAAACCCCCCAGAAGUAGAAAACAGCACGUCCAUCUAAGCACAGCUGUCUCCCAGCCUGCUCUGCAAAAAAAAGGCAUCUU